AUGACAAUUCUAGUAUUACUGUUCCUAUCCUGUUACAUACUUGGUGUUCUUGUUGGACCAGGAUACAUCCCAUACUAUUAUCCACGAAGAUAUAACAAAUUUAAUGGAAAAGAGCCUGAUUAUUUAAGUGAAUUUGUUACAACCAUCGAGCAAAAAAAGUACAUCAAGAGCCAUAAAUAUCCAGCAUAUUGUCAUUACGUUUCAGAUGCAAGACGCAUUGCUAUCCGUCCAGACCAUUUAUGCAUAUGGUUUACUGUAUUCAUAGGAAAGCUAAAUUACAAAUUCUUUUUGCUUUUCAAUAUGUAUGGAUUUCUUUACAUUACAACCUUCAGUGUUUUUCAAGUAAUGGCAAUGAUAAAUUUAGUAGAAGCUAUGGUUAAUCCAAUAUAUGUUAUUAUUACUAUUAUUUACCUUUUAAUGGGUUUUGUAUUUUCAAUUUUAACGUGUAUUUUCUUCUUUGAUUCUAUGUAUAAUACAAUGCGAGGAACUACAAACUACGAAAUAAUAAACAAGAUUUCAGACACUAGUUUCCAUGAUGGAUGCUGUAACAAUUUCGAAGAAGUAUGCGGACCAAGGGAUAGCUGGUUCUUAUGGAUUCUACCUAUACCUGCAUUUUGGGGAAUGGAUGUCUAUGCAUUGACUGCCGAAUCUGAUCCUUAUAAAAUGCUUUAA